UAACCUGAAAAAUCGAACUUUUGUGUAUUGAUUUGGUUCAUGACGAUUAAUAAACAAAGUUUAAUUCAGUGUCCUAAAUAGCUUUUAAAUUUUUGUGUUUUCAAACAGUAUAAAUAAGUAAACGAUUAGGUAUGACUGACCUAAGAAAACGACGUGAAUCUGACGGUAAACCUUUGGAGUCAGCUGAAUCAGACCACAUUGACAGUGAAGAUGAUAAGAUUCCCAAAGCUGCUGUGGACCUUUCGGGAACCAUUCCGACGGGUACCGAUAAGGCCCCGGGCCUUUUGGAAUGGUUAGUGCGCGAUCUACCCGAUCGAUGGCGAAAUUGGGCCGUUCGAGCUAUAUUCAGCAUGGUUAUGAUCUUCUUUUUCUUUCUGGUCAUCUACGGUGGACCAUUGGCUCUCAUGAUCACGACUUUGGUGGUUCAAGUUAAGUGCUUCCAGGAGAUCAUCAACAUCGGCUAUGCAGUCUAUCGCAUUCACGGAUUACCCUGGUUCCGAUCUCUAUCCUGGUACUUCCUGCUCACCUCGAAUUAUUUCUUUUACGGCGAAAGUCUCGUGGAUUAUUUUGGAGUUGUUAUCAACCGUGUGGAAGGUCUACGUUUUUUGGUAGCUUACCAUCGCUUCAUAUCAUUCAACCUGUACUGCGUCGGUUUUGUAUGGUUUGUAUUGUCUCUAGUCAAGAAAUAUUACAUGAAACAGUUUUCCUUAUUCGCCUGGACACACGUAGCUCUUUUGAUCGUCGUCACUCAGUCGUAUCUCAUUAUCAAGAACAUUUUCGAAGGUUUGAUUUGGUUUAUAGUACCCGUAUCGAUGAUCAUAUGUAACGAUAUUAUGGCGUACGUAUUCGGUUUCUUCUUUGGAAAGACGCCAUUGAUCAAGUUGUCGCCGAAGAAAACCUGGGAAGGAUUUAUUGGAGGCGGAUUCUCUACCGUGUUUUUUGGACUAGGAAUAUCUUACAUUAUGUGCCAAUAUCCAUAUUUUGUUUGCCCAAUCGAAUACAGCGAAACUCUGGGCAGAAUGACAAUGGAGUGCGAACCUAGCUCCCUCUUCCGCUUACAAAGUUAUACUUUACCUAUUUGGUUGAACUGGUUGAAAAUUUUUGGUUUGGGAGAUGUCAUAUAUCUAUACCCUUUUAUGCUUCAUUCAUUGUCUCUUUCACUGUUCAGUAGCGUGAUUGGGCCAUUUGGAGGUUUCUUUGCUUCUGGAUUUAAGAGAGCGUUCAAAAUUAAGGAUUUUGGAGACGUCAUUCCAGGCCACGGAGGUAUCAUGGACCGCUUCGACUGUCAGUUCCUGAUGGCUACGUUCGUUAACGUUUACAUCAGCAGCUUUAUUCAGACAGACAGUCCACAGAAGUUACUCUCUCAAGUUCAUUAUCUGAAACCCGAGCAACAGUUGCAAUUGUUCCACAUGCUACGCGAAUCGUUGGAGAAUCGAAAUAUUCUAAUUCCAGGAAAUUAGACGACUGGUGUAACGAUUGAUGUUAAUUUAUUUUCUGUGCCAUAGGAGUUAUUAUUUUUGUUAAUAAUUUUUUGUUGGGUGUGUCUCGAAGGGACCAGACCAUUCCCAUUACCGUUGCGAGCUGUGUUGUACUUAAGUAUAUUCUAUAGUUACGAAUAUUUAAACUCCUCGAAUGGCUAGUUGGAUUUCUCCCAUGGCGAUCGAUUGUCAUGAUUUUUAAAAUCAUUCAAACGUGUGUCUUGAACAAAGAAUUUUCGUUGUUUUAUGAUGUUACCUGAUUAUAAUUAAACGUUUCAAGGAUAACUUUUUAUACCAGAUAUUGUAAAGAGUGUUUAAUAUCUAAGUUGAAAUAAUGGGAACGAUUUGGUAAUUGGCUUUUUGUUAGUCAGGUAAUAUAAAAAUCAUUGAUUUACAUAAAAAGGCUACUGGUUUUAGAAGACACUGACUUCUCAGUGAGUCUCUAUUCUUACACAAAUUUACCUAAUCACUAGUUAACUUAAAAACUUAUUUUUUUACAUUUUGGUAGGCUACCUUAGUAAUAUGGAAGGUAGAGGUAAGGAGAAUUUUCUUCGUGUAUUGAAAAGUGGUCAUCAAAGAGGGAACAAUUAAGAUGGCACUGUUGUAGCAAAAGUUUUACAUUUGAAAGAAGCUUCAAAAAAUUUUAAAACAGGAAAUCAUUAAAAAAGAUAGAUAAAUAUGCUAUUUCUGGAGGCACGUCUUUUCGGCCACUCUUUUUUGGCUAACCUCACUUUUUUAUAAUCGCUAAGAACCAUAUUGACUCCAAACUGCAUUCUGUGAAGCCAAGCCGGUGAAAUGGGUAUAUAAAUCUUCUGAAGGAAGUUGCAUAAGUCGCUCAGUUAGCUCUGCUCAAGCGUAGUGCGCAAGCCUGGAUUUUGAAUUAUCGAUCGGAUAACUAGACCAAUAAGAGACUAGACGCUAGCACCAGCUGUUCGCAUUCGUACGGCUCCGUCCAACUUCGUACGACUUUCGUUUGCGCUCCCAUUCGACAAUUAGCUAAUCCUCAGAGUAAGGGCUAAUCGAUUUUCGAAAUUUUGGAAUUGCGCUGUUGCGCCAGCGUCUGCCUAACAGACGAACUUAUGUGAAAUAUACAUGGACCGGUUAUCUAGUUGUCUCUAACUCGGCUUCAACUCCAAUACAUUGCAGGGAUAGGCGAUAAUCUGUACAAUAUGCUCCUAAGUUCAGUUCGAUCCCUUAUUGCUUAUUAGCGCCACUGUAAUCAUUUAGUGAACCUUUAUUUUCCCCUUUUAGGUGGCCACUUUUUCAAAAAAUGUCCCAUAAGAGGUGAUUCUCCUUACCUCUUUCCUUCCACACAAACUGUUGUAUGUGACAUUUUGGAAAUUUUACAGUAGAUCGAAAAAAACCUCUUUUAGUGCGAUCUAAGAAUCCCUACAGUGUCAUAACUGUAACAGGAAAGGCUCCCAUACUGUAGGAGACAAAAUAAAUAGAAUAUCUAACAACAGUGAGUGUUAGUGAUCACACUAAAAGACGUUUUUUUCGCUCUACUGCAAAUUUUCAAAAUGUCAUUUACGACACUUUGUGUGGAAGGCGACGAAUACAUGCUAGUAACAAUAUUGCUUUUUGAAAAUGUCUAGUUUAAAUAAUAUCUGUUUGAAAAAGAGAGUCAAAAGGUCUUCGUUUGGUUAAUUUAGAUUUAAAUAUUUUAUAUUUAAAUCUAUCAUAUUUCAUAUAUAAUCAUAUUUUUUCCUUUCAUUUCUUUGCAUCUGACGGUUAAGAUAUACCUUUAAAAACGUUAAUUGGUUUUCGUUGCUUGGACAAAUUUGUGUACAAUUAACAGCCGCUGAAGAGCUUUUAUUCGCGUAUUUUACAUCCAGUAAUGGUUUUACAAAAUAAAUAUUUUUUUUAAAGCCGUACCGGGUGUUAUUUAAGUAGGUAAAAUUCUGGGUGUGGAUAUUUUAGUGAUUUUAAGAAAAAAUCACAUAGGCCCAAAAAUGCCUGCUUUCCAAUACAUAGGGCGUCAACUGUGGUGUUUUGCUUUUAAAAAUAACCAGAUUUUGAAUCUCACAAGCAUAACAGUUAUGCUUGUGAUUUAUGAGUUAUGAAUCACAAGCAUAACAGUUAUGCUUGUGAUUUCACUAUUCCAUGAUAAUGAGCGUAAAAAUCCCAACCCAAAAGCCAGUUACUAGUCCUGGUCACUUUCUCUGCGUAGUCUGUAUUUUAUUGCAUGCGACGGAGAUAAAUAUAACUGACCGGUUGACAGACAGAGAGGCAAAAUAAAAAGCGGCAUACGGUGUUGCCGGUUUUUACGUUUGUAGGAAAAUCGAUCGAAAAUCGGUACCCGUGUAGAAAAAAAUAAACAAUUUUAAAAACUUUCAUGUUGUUUCAUGUACUGAAAUGAAGAUCACAUAUCUAAGCUAAAUAUAAUCUAUUACAGCUGUUAUAAUUUAUUACAGCUAAUUGUGAAAAAUAAAGUUCCAACCCUAGAUGCAACAUUUUUCAUAAACGCCUAGUUGAGCCGUUUGAAAUUUUGAUGCAAAGUCCGGCAAUACCGCAUAGAAAAAUGCAUCAACCCAGCUUUAUCUCUUACACGUUUUACUCGUUAAAAUCCAGACCACGCAGUUUCGAUGACCAGAUCGGUAUAUACAUAUAUUUAUGUGCUGAUCAGUAUAAGUUACGGCACUUGGAACAAAAACUCCCUAAGCGCCCUCAACAGUUGAGGCCUUUCAAACAUAUCCAUUAUUAUGUUUUCUGAGAAACAUAUAAAAAACUUAUUUUUUAUAUAUUCCUUUACUAUCCUCUAUAUCAUUGACAAAUUUUAAAAGAGUGGUCUACAUUAAAUACUUUAAUAAUAAUUAAAAUAUUUAAAAAAUGACCUGUUUUAAAAAACUUGUCGCUUGGUAUAUUGAAAAUGAAGCAUUUCUGGACCUACAAUUAGGUAUAAUAAUUUUUGUAUUAAAAUCACUCAAAAAGUCACUUAAAGUUUGGUUACGUAUUUAAAUAACACCCUUUAUACUGAAACUUUGCAGUAAUGUGUCAAGCAAAGAUACAUUAUUUAUUGAGAUAUUUUUUCACACAUGCAAAAUUUGGUAUAAAAAGUUCUCCCAAUUUUCUUAUCAUAUACAGAUAACAGAUAAGUAGUGUAUGUGUUCUGAUUAAGUAUUGUGCUAUAUCUGUUUUAGAAUUUGUAUAAAAAGGUGGAGGUAUUACCUUAAAAAUUAUUAAAUUUUCUUUAUUUUAUAAUCAGAUGAAAGCCUGGGCUGGUUUUAUAACCAAAUUAUAUCGCCAUCUGUUGGGCACUGAAUUUAUCUUUAAUUAUUAUAUUGAAACGCAUUAUCUACCACCUGAUUAUAUUGCCAAAUUUGAUAAAUUCUAGUUUUUCCAGUUUAGACUAACAGUGAAUGUGCCUUUUAAUUUCACAUUUACAUACAAAUUAAUUUGUGCAAUAUCUUUUACACAUUUUGUUAUAGAUUAUUUUCUAUUCUUUAUAUAUUAUUUCUUUUUAAGUGUAUUAAUAAUUGGCAGAUGAAAGCAAUGUGGAGAGUAAUAUAUUUUAUAAAUAAAGUUUCUUUACAAGAUGUAGUAAUAACCUGCUAUUUAUGUAGAAAGGAGAACCAACUAUACAGGGCGUGCCAAAAAAUGGAAAUGAGUGGAAAAAAAGUUAUGUCGAAUUGCCAUGGCGAUAACUUUUUGUGGGUAAUGGCUUUAUGAUAGAAAAAAAAAUGGACAAAUAUCAAGGACAAGUUUUAAGUGUCUCACUCAAUUUAUAAUGUUCCUGAUUCCUAUUUAAAGACAGUAAAAAAAAUAUUGUAAUUUUUUGCGAGGUUGCCGAUUUUCUACCUAAAAAUAUUUUAAAACGUCAAUUUUGACAUAUACGAGGCCAUCUUGAUUUCUUUUAAAUGGAAACCCCCACAUAUUUUAGCAUCUUCCGGUAGACAUAUUUUAGCUAAUUUCAAAAAUGUAUAGUUUAGUAUACUUUGCGCUGAUCGUUUUCGACAUACAGUGCAUUUAAAAAUUAAAUGUUCCAGAAUUAAUUUAAUAGUCUCAUUCAAUUUAAAAUUUUUCUGUUUCCUAUUUUAACAUAGUAAAAAGAUAUUUUAAUGUAAUUUUUCGCGAGGAUGCCGAUUUUUAUCUGAACAUUUUUUAAAGCGUCAAUUUUGUCAGAUACGGCGCCAUGUUGGUUUUUUUAAAUUGAAAUUCUCACAUAUUUUAGCAUCUUCCGGUAGACAUAUUUUAGCUAAUUUUAAAAAUAUAUGAACUAGUAUGCUUUGCGUUGAUCGUUUUUGAUAUACAGUGCAUUUAAAAAUGAAAUGUCCUAGAAUCAUCUCACUCAAUUUAAAAUUUUCCUGUUUCCUAUUUUAAGAUAGUAAAAAGACAUUUUAAUGUAAUUUUUCGCGAAGAUGCGCAAAGUGCAAAGUAUACUAAACUAAAAAAUAUACUAUGAAACAAGAAAAUUAAAAAAAGAAUAGUUUAAUUUGACAGACAGAAAAUUAACCUAAUCCCCAUUGAAACUUGAUAACUAGAUGUAAAGAUUAUGUUCUGAACUAUCUUUUCUCUCUGACUUUUUUAAUAAUUUUUUAUCUAACCUCGCUUUUUGAUGCAUAAAAAGGUUUUUGUCACUUGUCGCAUGAUAUGUCAAAAUUAUUUUUUGUUAUUGCUUCAUCAUGCCAAAGAAAUUUUGCAUAAUAAUGUUUUCAAUAA